AUGAAGACGAUGAGGACACAGAAGUUGAAGAGGGGCAAAGUGUCGGUGAGAAAAGAUGCUCUUUUCAAGAAACCUUCGUCUUCUUUGUACAAGGCACGAGCGGCUACGGUUCUCAAGAAAGCGUUCGAACUUUCGGAGCUAUGCGAUGUCGAUGUUUGUAUCAUAUGGUACGACCGUGAAGGGAACCUCGUCAAGGCUUGGCCUGAUGAGAAGGACGGAGGAGAAGACAAGGUUAGAGCCAUGGCGGAGAGAUACAGCAUGUUAAGCGAACAAGAAAGAAACAAGAAAAGCACCAAUCUCUCAGGGUUUCUAAACAAGAAGAUGAUCCACGACAAGAAAAAGUCUCUUAAAGCCAACGAUGGCAGAUUCUUGGAGACGGUGUUAGGGCUUAAGGAUUCUUUGCAGACUCGCUUACGGGAAAUCAAAGAUUGUCUUCAAAGAUUUCAUGAUCUUGAUCAACCUUUGCAGGAUCUACCUUACUCGCUAAUUAAUGUGGAUCCUCGUCAUCAACCAUCAUCGAAUCCGACAAGCACCGAGAGUAGUUGCGUUGAUGUAUCCACGUCAUCGAGCAAGUUCUCAGUGUUGUUGUAUAACCAUGAGAAUGGUAUGUUCACUCAGUUACCCAACUCCUCCACUGCUCUAAUUCCGCAACAGGAUCAAGAUUAUUAUGGUACUAGUAAUUACAUGGAUUUAUUGCUUGGGGAACAAGACUGCAACAACUGGGAUCUUCUUCCUCCUCUGAUGCAAACACACACCCCAAAUUUCGAGCAGAUUAUGCAGACACAACCAUCUUUUGGAAUGAUGUUCUCUUAA